CAAAGAUCUCUUCCAGCCAUGACCACCGCGCAGCGCUGGCCGGUGGCACCUGAAGCCAAUGAAUGGCACUGGAAGAGUUGGGCGAGUAGGAGCAGUUUCCAGGAUGCCUGCGACGACUGCGGAUCAGCCUGUAAGUAUGGAUGGCGCGCGACAAAUGGCCAAUUUUACUGCAAGUCUUGCUGGGACAACUGGCACGCGCCUCGAGUUUUUUCUCGCGAAGCCAGAAGCUCUAGACCCCUGAAGAGAGGCUUUCGAAUCUUCAAUGGCGGCUGCUUUUGCUGUGCACCCGAUCCAUCAAUGCCACCUCCUUCCAUACCACCACCGCGGCACACACCAGAGGAGCUUCGAGACAUGGCAUACUGCGAUGCUCAUUGCCACCUUGACAUUCUGCUACACAAUCUGAAGAAUGGUGGAACUCUUUGGGGGGGCAAAGAAAAAAUCUGUAAGAUGUGGCAGACAGGCGACUGUUGGUACGGCUACGACUGUCAGUUUGCUCACGGAGAACAUGAUCUCCGACCCCGCAAGGCCUUGUCGGCAGAGCACGUGGAAAAGUAUCUCUUGAGGGUUCGCAGCGACCCACAAAUGGCAUCGUUGAAAUGGGUCGUGACGAAUUGUUGUGAGUUGGAAGCCAUCGAAGACACAAAGGUCAUCAUUGAAUGCGCUGAUCAGCUUGGCUUGGACUCGGUCUAUUGCACCUUGGGCUGUCAUCCGCAUGAUUACCGGGACUUCACAGAAGAGGCUGAGAAGCAACUGCGUGAAGCCAUUGAGGUUUUUGGUAAGCGCUUGGUGGCCGUGGGAGAGUGUGGCCUGGAUUACUGCAAGAACUUCGAUGAAUCCAACGACGUAGAUGAGAGAGCACGGAUGAUGGACGUCUUUGCGCGGCAAAUUCGCAUGGGAGUGGACCACAAUCUUCCCGUCGUCGUCCAUGCCCGCGAUGCGGACGCCGAUACCUUGGAAGUGCUGAAGCGAUUUCUUCCCAAGGAGCACAAGGUCUACAUCCAUGCGUACCAAGGUGGCCAAGAGAUGAUGAGAGAAGCCCUCAUGGAGUUUCCCAAUUGCAUCUUUGGUGUGAGCAGCAUGGUUUGGUGCAGUGAAGGAGCGAAGGCCACAGCCAUCCAUUGCCCCCUGGAGCGCAUGGUUCUGGAGACGGACGCACCCUACCUGGCCAAGGAGCCUUUUGAGAUACCCAGCCUCGCAGAGAAGAUAGCAGAGCUGAAAGGCACCACGAUGCAAGAAGUGCUCAAGGUGACCUUGGAUGUGAGUGAGAAGUUUUACGGCCUUGGCGAUUGAUCGAAACAUUGCUCGUUGCCUUAGCCAAUGUUCGUAGCUCGCGCCGUAGACGGCAUCAUUUUUGAUCGUUUGUGAAGGCGCCCCGUGGCCGGUGUGUAAAGGCGCCUCUUUGAUUUACUC